GCUCGCCCGGCCCUGCCGCCAUGGCCUUCACGUUCGCCGCCUUCUGCUACAUGCUGGCGUUGCUGCUCACCGCCGCCCUCAUCUUCUUCGCCAUCUGGCAUAUUAUAGCAUUUGAUGAACUGAAGACCGAUUACAAGAACCCCAUAGACCAAUGUAAUACACUCAAUCCUCUUGUACUUCCAGAGUACCUCAUCCAUGCAUUCUUCUGUGUUAUGUUUCUCUGUGCAGCAGAGUGGCUUACACUGGGUCUCAAUAUGCCUUUGUUGGCUUAUCAUAUUUGGAGGUACAUGAGUAGACCUGUGAUGAGUGGCCCUGGUCUGUAUGAUCCUACAACCAUCAUGAAUGCAGAUAUUUUAGCCUAUUGCCAGAAAGAAGGAUGGUGCAAAUUAGCAUUCUACCUUCUAUCAUUUUUUUACUACCUAUAUGGCAUGAUCUAUGUUCUGGUGAGCUCUUAAGAAGACAUUCGGCAAGCUUUGUUCCAGUUAAGUGCAUGCAAAAGCCACAAAACAUGGAUUCUUUACAACGAGAACCUCUUACCAAGAUUAAAUACGGAAUCUGAUGAUCGCAUUUGCGUUAGAAAACAAUGACUCCCCUAUUUUUAAAAUAUUUCCACAUUUUAUACUUGUGGAAAGACUGUUUUCUUAUAUUUUACUGGGACACUGAAAUUAAAGAAUUACCUGUAAACUAAUAUAAAGAUUACUGGGUUUUGAAAAAUUUUGACUUUGCACUCCAUAAGGAACAGCCAUAAUCUUCAAGUAGGUAUUCGUUACUGACUAGCCUUAGUACACUAGGGAUUUUCUUUAGGCUGGGCUUCGUAGCGGCUCAUUUGGACUUGCGUACCCCACUCUAACUGUAAAUCAGCUGUAGCUGCCGAGUGCUUGGGAAGGACGGGAAGUGCUGUGUGUGUGACCUGUAGGCGACGUUGGUCUUAGGAGAUGACUUCAUGGACGCAAUUGCAAAAAUAGGAGUUCUAUUUUGUUGUAUUUUAUUUUAUUUUAUUUUUUCUAUCUGGUUAAUCCUUCCCUGUAUAUGCAUGGUUCAGAGACUUCUGUAUUUUCACCGAACGUUAGCCUUGCUUUAAUCUCAAGCGUAUGUCAUUGUGAUUGAUAGGAGAAGUUGAAUUGUCCACGAAGGAGUGAAUUUAAAUGAUGAUUUUUUUUUUUUAAUGUCUGUGCUGUCUUAUUAACAAAUGGACAAACCUACACCAUUUAUCAAGUCCGAUGAUGAAAAUACUCUUGAGUUUAAGAGUAAUACUACAGACCUUUUCAAAGCAGAAAGUGAGAUUGUGAAACUGCCCUGCUGUUCCUCAGUGCAAUAAGAAAUAAUAAUAAAAAAAAAAUUCUCAAAUUCAGAAACACUUAUUUUUACCUGGUGCCUUGUUUUGUUUUUAAAUUAAACAGAUACUUGCUGUAUUCAUCUCUUUGCUUUAUGAUGGAUAAUUGCAUUACCUUUUAAAAAUAGAACACUGACUCAAGUUAUGUCCGGAAAAGGGAAGCUCUGAUUUCCUGCUUUUUUUUCUUUUUUUUUCAUGGGUCUGCAGAUAAAUAGCAGAUGGGGCAGGGGGAAGAUGUUUCAGCUUAAACUGAUAAUACUGCAUUGUAAAUUGUGACUGCGAACAGCUGCUUAAUUUAGGAGUAAGAAUUAGGAAUCUUUUUUAUUUACCUGUGCUGGAGUAUAAUGAAUAGUUUCUGAGUUCUAGUAAAACAUUUUUGUAUAAACUGUUUAUUUGUUCACUUUGGGUCUCUCGGGUGUUAGAUGCAAUAACAGUCGUACGAGUGGCUGCGUGGGGUUCGACCAGAAAUCCGGAUACUCCAGUAUUGGUGUGUUGGACAGUGGGCAGUGGCAACGAUUGAGGAAAAAAGAAUAUGAAACAGGGCAGGUAUCGAAUAUUUCUGCCUGAAUAGUGGGAGAAUGUGUUUGGAAACCUACCUGUUACAGAUUCCCUGAGCUGCAGGUUUGGCAUCUUAAACAGCCCUUGAGUAGCUUUUCUUCCAUUAAUUCAGUAGCUUUUUGAGCACGUUUAUAGCCUAGUCUGGAAGAUACCCUGAGAGAGGGAGUUCUGCAAUGGAAUUACUUGGUAUCUAAAAAAUACUUGUUUAAAAGCUCUGCCGGACUUAAUUUGGUGCCCCUAAGCUCUUAUUUUUUAAGACAUCUUGAAAAUUUCCCCCUUUCCACCUCAUUUAUGCUGGGCAUGAUUGAAGAGACCUUCAUCACGUCAUCUGUCAAAGCGGAGAAGUCUAUUUAAUCUCUUCUUGACGAGAAGUCCUUCCGUAGCUUUGUGAUUAUCCUUUCUCCUCCGCAAAUUUUCCUUUUCUAAGCUGUUGUCAUCACACAAGAUUUGGGUGCCCAGGGGAUUUAGAGUGGCAGUUUCCUGCUCUUCGCUUCUGAAUUCCUCUCCUCUUUUUAUAAUGUGCUGGGAGUUUGAGAAGUCGGGCUGUGGUAACUUCCAAAUUCUCUUUCCUAAGUAAUGAUACCUGACAGCUUAUUACUGUGUAUAUAAAAUUGUUUUUCUCA